AGCGACGCUUCUGUUGUGGUUACCGUAGCAACCGGUGAAGUUUUGCUUUGCGCUGCGGUAACGCUGUUGGGUUCGUUAAUUAGCAGAACUUAAGGGAACUCAAUAAAAGGAGCCGACUAACCAUGAACAUCACCGAUAACGAAGACCACGGUCCGCAGUCGGCUGCUGCGUUCAAGACGUUCAUGUUAAAAAACAGCACCAGAACCAACCUCAACCUCUAUGACCAUCUUACUCAGUUGCUGAUAAAAGUAAUGGACGAGCGUCCAGAAAACGUGGUGGAUGUGUUUGAGGAUAUGAGCCUUAGUGUGAAGCAGGGUCUGUUUCAGGACAAACAGAGCGCCCUGCAGGACCUGCCAGCGGCUGCAGCUGUGGAGCAGCUUGCUGAGCAGCAGUGGCUGCUGUUUGUUCAGCCGGAGGAGCCUGAAGUGGAGGAUGAACUGGUGGAAACACACAUUCCUAAUGUGAAUGAGCUUGGCUUCUACCUAGAGCAAGCUGGGGUGGGGCUGGGCAGAGAGGAAAUGCAGAGGCUCUUCCUUGCACUCAAACAGCUUGUGGAGUCUGAGUCCCCUCUGCAUUGUCGACUGUGGGGCAAGAUUCUAGGAACAGAAAGCAACUACAUCAUUGCUGAAGCAGAGUACAGAGAGGCUGAAGAGGAGGAGAAGCAGGUGUCGGAGGAAGUAGCUGUUCAUCAACAUCAGGAGAAGGAAGAGGAUGAGAUGGAUGCGGUUCCUCAGUCGACCUAUAAACCCCCACCAGUGGUGCCAGAAGAGACUAUAGGAUCAGGCACUAACAAGUUUGUUUACUAUGUCUGCAAAGUGCCUGGACUUCCCUGGACAAAGCUUCCAGCAGUUACUCCUGCACAGAUCACAUCUGCUCGCCACAUUCGCAGGUUCUUCACAGGGAGGCUAGACAGCCCUGUGGUCAGCUAUCCACCUUUCCCCGGGAAUGAAGCCAAUUAUCUAAGAGCACAAAUAGCUCGAAUCUCUGCUGGCACACAGGUCAGCCCCCAGGGAUUCUUCCAAGCUAGGGAGGAGGAAGGGGACGAGGAGGACGAGGCAGCGCGUGACAGCUAUGAGGUCAAUGAGGACUUUGAGGGCAUUCCAAUUGCAGAGAUGGUGGAGAAUUUGUCCAGCUGGGUGCAUCACAUUAAGCACAUCCUGAAGCAGGGACGUUGUACUUGGGUCAACAUGGCUGCGGAAUCAGAAGAAGAAUCUAAUGAGGAUGGAGAGGCAGAGGAAAAGGACGAGGAGCCUGAUGAAGCACAGCCAGAGGUUGGACCACCCCUGCUCAGCCCACUCUCCCAAGAUGCAGAUAUGUUCAAAACCCCUGCAUGGAGCGCCAAGAUCUCAUCAGCUCUCACCCCUCAGCAUGCGGUAGCUGUACUCAGGUCCAAUCUCUGGCCAGGAUCCUAUGCAUAUGCGAGUGGAAAGAAGUUUGGGAACAUAUAUGUUGGAUGGGGUAUGAAGUAUGCAGGGGAAGGAUACAGCCCCCAUGUUCCCCCACCUCCACAGGAAGAAUAUCCAAGUGGACCAGAAAUCACAGAGACCCUGGACCCGUCACUGGAAGAAGAACAGAUGCUGAAAGAGGCUUUAGAGGAGCAGCAAGCUGCUCAGGAAGAGAUGGAAGAUGCAGAUGCAGAUGAAGAAGAGGAAGAGGAAGAUGAUGACUAACAAAAUUGUAACACAUGUAACACAUUAAAAUGUUCUGUCUGA